CUCACUUCAUACUACAAAACCUUGUACUUACACCCUCACAACUUUGCGACCAAACCUCAACAUGGCGGGCGCAAAAAAGAAUUUCAAGGCGACGAAGAAAUUUGAGAAGAAACACUUGAAAGGUGUCUUAGAUCAGAGGAAAGCGACCGCGAAAAUAAAGCAAAGAGUACAGAUCAAAACGAAGAAACAGGCCAAAAAGUCGAAGGAUGCCGAGUUUUUUAAGGGUGGUGAAGAUGCUGAGACUUCCAACAAGGCCAAUGGCACUAAAAGGACUGCCAAUGUCAAUGAUAUGAGUGUCGACGACUUCUUCGGCGGCGGUUUUGAGAUCAUUGAAAAAUCCCAACCGAAUAAGAAAGCAUCCAAGAAGCUAGGAAAACGCAAGCGUGAUGAGCCCAACGAAGAUGAAGGCGCAUCCGAUGAGGGCAGCGAUAUCGAGAUCUCCGCCGACGAGUUGCCUGUCGCAAGUGAUAGCGAAGGUUCCGACGAUGACGAGGCUGACGACGUUGGCAUGAGCAAAGGUGCAAUGGACGCACUUGCCGAGGACGAUCCUGAAUUUUACAAGUUUUUGAAAGAGAACGACCCCGAAGCGUUAGAAUUCGACGAUGCCGACCUCGCCGAAGUAGACGAACUAAGCGCUAGCGAGGAAGAAGAUCAGCCCAAGAAAAAACGAAAGAAGGAAAAGAAACAAGUGAAGACCGAUGAUGUGGAUGAGGAGGAUACAACAGAAAACGAAUUAACACAAGCUAUGGUCGCACGUUGGACAGCGGCAAUAUCAGAGAAACAAUCACUGAGAGCUGCGAGACAAGUGGUUCUAGCAUUCCGAUCUGCUGCGCACUUGAAUGAGGACGAUGGCGACGCGGAAAGAAAACAACCCUACAAGAUUUCGAGCCCGGAGGUGUUCCACGACAUCCUCGUUGUUGCGCUUAAGCAGAUCCCUGAUGUCCUUCAGCACCAUGUUCCUAUUAAGGAGUCUUCUUCUGGCAGAGUUCAAGUUCCGACAGACUCCAAAAAGUUCAAGACCCUUUCGAACCUCCUCAAAUCCUACGUAUCUGCCAUCUUACACCUCCUGGACACGCUCUCAGACGAUGCCACCCUUAAGUUGACAUUAUCUGCCAUCACGCCCCUUAUCCCUUACCUCCUAAGUUUCCGAAAAUUACUCAAAGCCCUAAUUAAAACUGUCGUUGGGUUCUGGUCACAGUCUACUAGCAGCGAUUCCACUCGGAUUACUGCUUUCCUUGUUCUCCGACGACUGGUCGUCGUUGGCGAUAAAGGCAUCAGGGAAGCGGUCUUGAAGGCAACUUACCAAGGCUUAAUCGCAGGGUCUCGUGUAACGAAUGUCAACACGGUACAAGGAAUCAACCUGAUGAAGAAUUCAGCGGCCGAGUUAUGGGGUUUAGACCAGAACAUUGGUUAUACGACAGCCUUUGCUUUUAUCCGCCAACUUGCUAUCCAUCUGCGUAACAGCAUCGUACACAACCAGAACGAGUCGUAUAAGACCAUCUACAAUUGGCAGUAUAUCCAUUCCCUAGACUUCUGGUCUUGUGUGCUAUCAGAGCAUUGUAGUCCGCUGAAGGAGGCCGAGACAGGUAAGGAAUCACAGCUCAAGCUGCUGAUCUAUCCUCUUGUCCAGGUCACACUUGGAGCCAUGCGCUUAAUUCCAACCGCAACCUACUUCCCUCUUCGAUUCCAUAUGAUCCGCUCACUUUUACGUGUUUCGAGAUCGACCGGAACUUACAUCCCGCUGGCAUCUGCCCUUCUUGAAGUGCUAAAUUCUGCGGAACUGAGAAAAUCACCUAAACCGUCAACUAUCAAGCCCCUUGACUUCCACGUCGCCUACAAGGCACCUAAAUCGUAUUUACGAACACGAAUUUAUCAGGACGGAGUGGGAGAACAAGUGGUAGAGCUCUUCUCGGAAUAUUUUGUCCUAUGGUCCACGAAUAUAGCGUUUCCCGAGUUUGCCCUGCCCGUCGUCAUCAUGCUGAAGCGGUGGCUCAAGCAGUCGAGGAGAAAGACCGGCGGCAAUAACAACAACAAGGUGCGCGCGGGCCUCGUCCUGCUCGUCCAGAAGCUCGAGGCGAACGCGAAAUUCAUCGAAGGCAAGCGGGCCAAGGUGGAUUUCGCGCCCAAGGACCGCGCGCAAGUCGACGCGUUCCUGAAGGACUUCGAGUGGGAGAAGACGCCGGUCGGCGCGUACGUCGUCGCGCAGAGGAAGGCGGGCGCCGAGAAGGCUAAGAUGCUGGAGCAGGCUAGGAAAGAGGACGAGCGGAAGCGGAAGGAAGAGGAGCUGGAAGCGCUGGAAGAAAACGCCGCGGGGCUGAGCAGUGAAGACGAGGAAAUGGAGGACCUGGAGGAGGUUGAUGAUGAUGAGGAUGAGGAUGAUGAGGACUCCGACGAUGAAGAGUGAUUUUAUCGGAGGCUGUACUCGUGGAUAGCAUCGUUAAUGAAUCGGAACGUUACGUACGGAUAAUCACGCGAGAUAUUUGACUACUUAUAUAAAUUUCUCCUACAUCAUCACCGGAUGUGCAAUGAUCUCUAAACACAAUAUGAGGAUCUGUUCUAUUGAUUGAGGUUGAAGCCAAAAAAAAAACUUUUGAAGGCCC